AUGGGCAGCCCCCGCUCCGCGCUGAGCUGCCUGCUGUUGCACUUGCUGGUUCUCUGCCUCCAAGCCCAGGUAAGGAGCGCUGCGCAGAGGCGGGGGCCGGGCGCGGGGGACCCAGCUGACACUGUCGGGCAGGGACACGAGGACCGACCCUUCGGCCAGCGCAGCAGGGCUGGAAAGAACCUUACAAAUCCAGCCCCAAACUACCCUGAGGAGGGAUCUAAGGAACAGAGAGACAGUGUCCUGCCUAAAGUCACACAGCGAGAAGGCCCGGGCGGGGGGCCUGCGCUGGGCAGGGAGCCCGCUUCCCUGCUCCGAGCUGGCCGGGAGCCCCAGGGUGUUUCCCAACAGGUAACUGUUCAGUCCUCACCUAAUUUUACACAGCAUGUGAGGGAGCAGAGCCUGGUGACGGAUCAGCUCAGCCGCCGCCUCAUCCGGACCUACCAGCUCUACAGCCGCACCAGCGGGAAGCACGUGCAGGUCCUGGCCAACAAGCGCAUCAACGCCAUGGCAGAAGACGGAGACCCCUUCGCAAAGCUCAUUGUGGAGACGGAUACUUUUGGAAGCAGAGUUCGAGUCCGGGGAGCAGAGACAGGUCUCUACAUCUGCAUGAACAAGAAGGGGAAGCUAAUUGCCAAGAGCAACGGCAAAGGCAAGGACUGCGUGUUCACGGAGAUCGUGCUGGAGAAUAACUACACGGCGCUGCAGAACGCCAAGUACGAAGGCUGGUACAUGGCCUUCACCCGCAAGGGCCGGCCCCGCAAGGGCUCCAAGACGCGCCAGCACCAGCGCGAGGUGCACUUCAUGAAGCGCCUGCCGCGGGGCCACCACACCACCGAGCAGAGCCUGCGCUUCGAGUUCCUCAACUACCCGCCCUUCACGCGCAGCCUGCGGGGCAGCCAGAGGACUUGGGCCCCAGAGCCCCGAUAG